ACUGUAUCAGUGUAUACAACAACACUGAUUUUACCUUGCAAUUGUAUUCAUUGUAUUCAAGUGAAUUUUAAGUUGUAUCUAAAAUCACAUUUUUAUUAUUGUACACAACUAAACUGUAUUCAUGUGCAAAGAGUCAGUUAUAUUCCAUGUAUAUAAUCAGACUGAUGCUGUUUGUUUUUAUUUUUUAUUUUUAGAAAGGGUAAAGAGGACCAUUACAAAAAGGGGAAGGCAGUACUGCCAAAUUUCUUUGAGUUUGGCAAUAAAAAAAUAAACGACAAGAAUUGGUUACUUCUUAUCAAUGGAUGGGCAGUUGUGGAAUGACGAGCACAUUGAUGUCAUGUUUUACUACUUCCAAAAGAAAGCCAAGUAUGAUACAUCUUCCGGAUACACAUUUACCACUGUCGAUUGUAUUUUUAUGCCAAAAAUUGAUGUUAUUGCCAAAGCAUACGCCGAGUUGGAUGGUGCUGCCACAAACAUUGGGAAUCUGGAAGAUGAUUUGUGUGAAUACGUCAAAGGCCACAGAUUGCUAUGCACUGUUCCGUGGCAUUUAGUUGAUAAUGUUCUUAUCCCAGUAAACAUGAAAGACAAAAAUCAUUGGUUGUUGGCAGUCCUUUCAUUCCCGGACAGAAGUUUGUAUGUAUACGAUUCUUAUCGUUCAGCUGGUCAUGGGGCAGCAGUUAAGAUUGAAAUUGAUAAACUGGCCACACUGUUGCCAAUUUUCUUACACCUGACAGACUUUUGUGAUGCGAAGAAGGAUAUUGACUUGACAAGUCACCCAGCAUACAAAGGCAAAGCAAUGGCUGAUAAAUUGGAUGUUGUUUUUGUUGAAAACAUGCCACAACAAAUUCUUGGUAGUAUGUAUGUAAAUUUAUGAUUGCUUAUAAUACGUCAUACGUACAUAAUUGACAAUUUGACAACACACUUUUUUUUCAUAUUUUUUGUAGGGACUGCGACAUCUAUGUCACUGCAUAUACGGAGUAUCUUAUCCAGGGAGAAGGGAUCCCAGCUUCUGAUCUUGAUGCCGAGUUAUUACGUACGAGAUAUGGUGCACUUUUUUGGGAUUAUGCUCGGCAGAAGAUAGAGCAAGAUGCUGCAAGCGAUAAUGAGGCACCUCCAAGGCCAGUUAGAGCAGCGAUUGAUUUUGAUCAAGUUAAAAAAGUCAUAGUUGAUUAGUUUCAAGUGUUCUAGAUUGUAAAACAUAUUCUAGAGUUUUAUGCUUUAAUCAUUUUGUUUUUUUUAUGAAUACACAAUUUACAACUAUUAUUUUGAUGAAUACAUUACAGUUUUU